UGAAAUAUAAUUCAACCUCAUCUUCAAGGUAUGCACAUUGUUUUCAAUAGCGCUUUUUAAAGUUCUUACAUAGGUUUAUGCAUGUUUCCGGUGUGUAAAGAUGCCAUCAGGUGAGGGGAAGAGUGAUAUGGAGCGUCUGGGUGUCUUUAAGGAGAUGAGCUACAUCUCUCUUGGAGACAAGUAUGCUCCACCCACUAACUGCCCAUUCCAUGAAUCAGCAUAUCGUAGCCGCCAGAUGCAGGCCGGUUUCACGAAACAACAAUGUGCCCUGCAGAGCGGCUUUUUUGACAAGUCCUUCAAGCGGAUUUUUGAACGCGAGGCACUGAAUGAUCCAAUGAAACUAGCCCGACAGCACCGCAUCCAGCAGGCCAGGAAGAAUCUGGGCAAGGCCUUCCUGCCCUGCAACGGGGUCAAGAGGCCCUGUGGUUCAGGUAGUUACUAUGGGACUCUGUCAGGACCCAUCGAAGCCAUGAGUCCACUGUCAGUCACCCAGAAAGCUCAUCGCUCACCAGGACGCAACAUCACCAUCUCACCCCCGAAGAAAGGCAGCGGUUACAGCUAUCCCAGUGUAACCUUGUCCAAAGUGAAGCUGUAUGCAUCAGAUCCAUAUGACAGAGCCAAAGAAGUACUGAAGAAGGAGGCAGCAAUCCAUCGCUCGAGAUUAAGAGAUGGACCGUUCAAGCUCAACCUUUACCCCAGAGAUUAUUUUCAAGGCAAUCCAUACCGCAGUGACAAGCCACUCCUGCCUGCACACAAACCCCUCCCACCUGCACAGAAAGACUCUCCAGUUCCCUUCAAGCCUUCAUCCCCAAGCAAACGGAUUGGAGGAAUGAAAGCAGGGACAUUUGACAAAUAUCCCUCACAUUCUACUGAUCCAUAUGUCAUUCGGCUGUCCAAACCAGACAAUCAAGAGCCAAUUUUCCGUCCUGCUCCUGGUCCGAAAAGCACGCCUGUCAAGAGUAUCAUUACUGUCAAUGUGAACAGGAACGUGCACUCUGCAAACUACCUUUCCACCAUCCCAACAGUGAGGACCAUCUGACUACAUUAGCCAUACUGCCAACCUUGGCUUACUUCUAUUAUUUCUAUCUGUUGUGUAUUGCAGCCAUGAAAUUCUCAGAGACAGGACGCUUUCAAAACCUUUGCCAUCUUCAGUGGCUUAAUUAUUGAAGCUUUUCUUUUUACAUUUCCUUGUUUCUUUUUGUCUUUAGAGGACAUUUUUAAGAUGUUCUGGAUGUUACACAGGCAGUAACAAACUCAAAUAAAGAAUAGUUACAUUUGUUUUCCA